UUAUGUACGAAUUUGCACUAUUAUUAGCUUUACCGAUAUCGAUUCUUUAAAUGGAUAAUUUCUUGUUGAACAAUAAAGAAUGUACUUAAUAAUUUUGCUAUUUAUGGUAUUGAAUAUAAAAAUUCAGGAAAUUCAAAUCAGAUCUGUGACUUGUAGAUUACGCUGUUAUAUUUGCUGUAAGGUGCGUCGCGUGUUAUUGGUUUAAAUACGGAAGAUAAGUUCUAAAUGUAUUGAAGAAGAGAAGAUGUAUACAUCUGCGAAGUAUCCAUCUAUCUGCAAAAUAUCUGAGUAGCUGCAUUUUUCUUAUUUUGCCACUUUCCACUGCUCUCCAAUGAUUUUCCCACGGGUAAUUCUUUUUCCAUCUGAAGUCCGUAUUUUGCAGAGAUUACAAACGAGAGGGAUUUGUGUUCGCAACAAUUGUGAGCGCGGCGACAGAGUAAUCACAAGUAAAAACAAGAUUUGACAUUUAUCGUCGAUCGGAGAGAUUGCAAAAAGAGCGAAUGGACUUUUAACAAGCGCCGCGCGUGUGUUUGUGAAUGCAUUUAUCGCGUGCGCCAAAUAAGACACGCAUAAAUACGAAGUAUCACGUUAUGUGUGACGUAAUGACACGCAGUCAAUUACAAAAUCCGAUAAGAAUCUGUUAAAGCUCGAGUGGCGGACUACGCCUUGUGACACACGUUGUCAACGUGAUAGAUCUUUCCGUAUCGCCUAGAGAUAUCCGCGAUGACUAGCGAUACCGCGCUAAUUAUCGCCAAUUAGCAUUCCGUGCAAAAACAAGAAACACAACAUCGCACACGCGGUAAACAUUGCAUUACGCACAUCCACACUGUCGCGCGAUAACACACGCACGGAAUACCGCUUCACUCGUGCAACGUUCGAUCGCUUUAUCGGAUAGAGAUCGAGACUCACUCACACCGUGACGCGACGCAUCGGAAAAGAAUGAACGCGUUAUCAGGCGCUGGCUGUUUGUUCGCCAUUCUCGGGGUCGAAGUUUGUCGACUCGAAUUGCAUCAUUGUACGAAGACGGGUUUUUUCCCCUGCGCGUGUGAACCCGGACUUCACUUCGUAGCCUUGGUACUCCGGCUGGGAAAUGCGCGAAAAACCAGUGGAAUCCGACCAAAGAAGAACGCGCGCGUGCCUGACGUCAUUUGAUUUCCACAGAAUUCUUCCCUCUGGCCUUCUCUCCCGGCGGCGAAUGCCGUCGCUGUAUAAGUAGUCCGUUUACUUGAGACGACGCGUCUCUAAUCUGGCUAUGAUAACAACGUCUUCUGAUGUGAUUUCACGCGGAAAGCAGUAGUAUGUCGUUGACCAACGCUGCAGGCGCUCUACCUCGGUGACGAGGCACGUCUCGCUUCGCAUCGCGCGCGAUUCUCUCUUUCUCUCUCUUUCCCUCUUUAUCCUUUGUCUCUCUUCAUUUUUUCCUAUCCAACACGAAAUCGGUAGUUCAAUUAAGUCACACCAUUUGGCGUUGCGUUGACAUUUUUCCACCGGAUUGACGGAUUUGUCAUCACGUGAUCGAACACACAUCGUGACAUCUAUUUUUCUCGCUGUAUCGCCGCGCCAGAUGAUCAAUCUUUCUCGCGCGAUCUGAUCGGGAAGUCAGCGUUCCUACGGCGAUUGCUGUAGGAAGCACUCGAUGAACAUCGUCGGGUGAUCGUAAUUUCGGACGCAUAGUUCCAAGCGAUCCCGGUGUCAUUCCGGAAGGAGGCAGCCGACUAAACGUGCACCGAAGGACGACACCGGAGGACCAGCAACAUGUACUCGAUCCUGUUACUAACAAGAUCCGUCCGAGUCGGGCACUCGCAACGGAGAUUGACCUCGUCGCUCAUGGGACUGCGCUUACCGCAGCUAACAAAGAAAGGCGUAUUGCAAGGAUAUGUGCGCAGGCAACUGCAAACGUCGGAGAGACCGCGAAGGCAACAGACCUUUGCGGAGCGCACCGAAUUGAAAUACGCUCGUCGGUUGGUCAUUAAACUCGGCAGUGCCGUUAUUACGAGGGAAGAUGAACACGGUUUGGCUCUAGGACGUUUGGCAUCGAUCGUAGAACAGGUAGCCGAAUGUCAGAUCGAUGGACGCGAAUGCAUCAUGGUGACCAGCGGUGCAGUCGCUUUUGGCAAGCAAAAGCUGACCCAAGAGCUUUUAAUGUCCAUGUCGAUGAGAGAAACGCUAAGUCCUACGGAUCACACACGGGAACACGCGGGAACUAUGCUGGAACCUAGAGCAGCCGCAGCUGUGGGCCAGUCGGGUCUCAUGUCUCUAUACGACGCAAUGUUCGCUCAGUACGGUGUCAAGAUCGCCCAGGUGCUGGUGACCAAGCCCGACUUUUAUAACGACGAGACGCGGAAGAAUCUCUUCAGCACGUUGAGCGAGCUGAUCAGUCUAAACAUCGUGCCGAUCAUUAACACGAAUGAUGCGGUCUCACCGCCGCCGGAUGUCGACGACGAGGUCGCCGGCGGUAGCGGCAGACGCGGAAUAUCCAUCAAGGACAAUGAUUCGCUGGCGGCAAUGCUGGCGGCCGAGGUACAGGCGGAUUUGCUGGUGCUUAUGAGCGACGUCGAUGGGAUUUACAACCUGCCGCCUUGGCAGGACGGCGCGAGGAUGCUGCACACCUUCAGCUCCGAUCUGCGGGGUACCAUCAAAUUCGGACAGAAGUCGAAGGUGGGCACCGGCGGCAUGGACUCAAAGGUCAACGCCGCUCUCUGGGCGAUGGAUCGCGGUGUUGCGGUGGUCAUCUGCAACGGCACUCAGGAGAAAGCUAUCAAGAGCAUCAUGUCGGGCAGGAAGAUCGGGACCUUCUUCACGCAGGCAGCUGGCUCGUCCACUCCCGUCGAGGUGGUCGCCGAAAACGCCCGUGUCGGCAGUAGAUUGCUGCAGGCGUUACGCCCGGAAGAACGUGCCGAAUGCAUCAAAACUCUCGCGGACCUGCUAGAGACAAGACAGUCUGAAAUCCUCACGGCAAACGCACUGGACCUGGAAGCCGCGAGCAAAAAGAGUCUGGCGAAAGCACUGCUUUCGCGUUUAUCUCUGACACCGCCGAAGCUCAAGUCUCUGAGCUCCGGACUGCGUCAGAUCGCCGACGACUCACUGACCAAUGUGGGCCGUGUGCUGCGCAGGACGAGGCUGGCCGAGGGAUUGGAACUGCAACAGAUUACGGUACCCAUCGGCGUGCUGUUGGUAAUCUUCGAAUCCAGACCGGACAGCCUGCCGCAGGUAGCCGCCCUGGCCAUGUCGAGCGCCAACGGGCUUCUCCUGAAAGGCGGCAAGGAAGCCGCUCACAGCAAUAAGUACCUGAUGACGCUUGUAAAAGAGGCAUUGGACAAGUUCGGCGCCUCGAACGCCAUUUCACUCGUGUCCACGAGAGAAGAUGUGGGAGAUCUUCUCUCGAUGGAGAAGCACAUAGAUCUCAUCAUCCCCCGCGGCAGCUCGGAGCUGGUCUCCACGAUUCAAGAGCAGUCUAAGCAUAUACCCGUGUUGGGACACGCCGAGGGCAUCUGUCAUGUUUACGUCGACAAGGACGCGGAUCUAACGAAGGCGAUGAGGAUUAUUAAGGACGCCAAGUGCGAUUAUCCCGCCGCGUGCAACGCCAUGGAAACGUUACUGAUACACGAGAGCCUCAUGAGCGGCAGCUUUUUCCGUGACAUAUGCAGCAUGCUGCACAGAGAAGGGGUGAAAAUCAAUUCCGGACCAAAGAUAAGAGAACUAUUGACUUUCGGUCCACCUGCCGCCAAAAGCAUGCGGACCGAGUACGGCGCACUUGAAUGCACUAUAGAGGUGGUCUCAGAUGUCGAUGACGCUAUCAACCACAUUCAUAAAUACGGUAGUAGUCAUACAGAUGUUAUCGUUACCGAGCACACCGACACAGCUGCGCACUUCCAGAGAGAAGUGGACAGUGCUUGUGUGUUCCACAAUGCUAGUACUAGAUUUGCGGAUGGCUAUAGAUUCGGUCUUGGAGCAGAGGUCGGUAUUUCUACGGCGCGUAUCCACGCGCGUGGUCCAGUAGGAGUGGACGGCCUAUUGACGACAAAGUGGGUUCUGAGAGGCGACGGCCACGCGGCCGCCGAUUUCGCUGAAGGAGGCGAUAAAACUUGGCUUCAUCAACCUUUACCUCUUACCGAGUCGUUAUAAAUCGAUCGUUUUAAAUUUUAUGAUCUCGGGAUUGUUAGAAUCGUUCGUCAGGUGAUAAAAAUGAGUUCUUUUAAGGAAAAAGCACGAUACAUACAUGGAACGUAUAAAUCGAAAUAAGUUCAAGUGAUAUUUUUACCAAAUUACAUUUGAUUCAAGUAUUGAUACGCAUGAUAUCGAAUAAAAAUUGAAAUUGUUAUACUCUAAUAUGAUUUAUUACAAAUAACGAAAAUAUUUAUAAAAUAUAAAUUUUUUAAAAUUUUUAUGAAGUAGACUUGGAUUAGUUUUAUACAGCUAUAUAUGGGUAUAGCUAUAACAUUGCGAAUAAGUGCAUAUGUUCAAAAUAUAUAUUUUUAGAUUCUUGAUAUUAAUAAACUAAUAUUAAAAAUUA